AUGGUUCAAGGAGAUACAUGCUGGUUCUCUCCAAUUUUUUUCAUUAGUGGAUCAUGGUCUCAGUUUUGCUAUUCAACAAGUGCGACUGUUCACUCUCAGAACCCUCUCUUGUCGUACUACUUCAUCAAAUCACGGGGAUUCUCCAGAUAUGAAGCAAAUGCUGCAGCUGCCAAGUUGAACAGCGUGAAAGCACCUAAGAAUCCUGAUUUGGUAAUCAAAUUCUUCCAAGAGAUGGGUUUAGAACGGACAGAGAUCAAGAAAUUAGUUUCUAUUACACCGAGACUGUUUUUUUCUGAUAUAAACAGAACCCUUAAACCCAAGUUUCAGUGUCUGCGAGAAAUGAGGGUAUCUGGAUCUGACCUAGUUGAUCUCUUCCUAGCAGACGGAAAAGCUUUGUAUAAUGCAGUAGGUUCUCAUUUGAGGUCUAAUUUGGAUUUUCUAAGGAAACUAGUUAGUAAUGAGGAAAGUUUGGUUAAACUUAUAAAGAGGUCACCUUAUUUACUUGCUGUGAAUGGUCCAAAAAGAUUUGAACCCAAAAUAUUGUUGUUGCAAAAUUUUGGUUUUUCAAAUGCCCAAAUCGAGAAACUUAUACUUCAGAAACCACGUAUACUUCUGCAAAAAUUCGAGUGGCUAGAGGAGAUAUUGCACAAAGCUGAAAAGGAUUUACAGAUUUCUCCCACAUCUGGAAUGUUCAUGUUCGGAGGCUUGCAGUUAUCGCACUAG